AUGGGUCUGUGCAGGAAAGCUCUUGCUGGGUGGUCAAAGGAGCUGGAGGUAGCUGUUCCACCUGAAGGUCCCUCGUGGGGCACCUCCCCACAGCCCUCCACAAACAUGCAUCUCAUCGAGCAGCACAUGUGCAGACGUGGUGGCUCAAGAUGGAAGAAGCUGAGGGCCAGAGAACAAAGCGCAGUCCCUGCACUGUUUCCUGGCCGUGCUGCUUCCCUCUCCCAGAUAUUCUCCAACACAGAGGCAAACGACGCAGUCAGCCAAGAAGAGCCUCUGCCCCCAUGCUCACCUCCAUGGAAAACAGGUUGUGCUAAACAGAAACACAUACAUGCUAAGAAUGCCCAAGACAUCAGUUCUGAUAACCCGAUCAAGGAUAUCCUGAAAGGUUCAUUGCGUUUCAACCAGAGCCAGCUGGAAGCUGAAGAAAAUGAACAAAUCACAAUUGCUGAUGAUCAUUACUGUUCCAAUAAUCAGAACAAGGGGGCAGGUGAUGUUCUAAAGGCACCUGUCAUGACAAAGCAACAGUUCAUCUCAGGACAACAGGCUAUGACUGAUUCAAGCACUAGUGAGAGCAAGGGUGCUGAUGACUAUAUUCUGGUUUCCAAAGAAGAGGAAAGAAGUAAAAGUACUGCUCCAGAGCUGGUGCAGGUCCCUCAGGCACACAAGGAGGCAGCAGUGAAGCCAGAAGCUCCAUCUCGUUCUUCUUUGAUAUUUUCUGACCCUCUGAUGGGUUCCAUUUCAGCCUCAUCCAGCAACCUGAGCUCCAGCCCUGAUGACAACAGUAGUAAUAACAGCAAAGAUUCUGACUUUGCUAUUGUCAGCCCACUGGACAUCUAAAGAAACAGGUUGGGAGAGUUUGGGAAAUCUGUCAUUACAACUCAGCUCUAAUUUCUGUGAUUCCACAGGCUGGAUAGUUCUUUGGAGUACAAGGACAGAAAAUAGAUAAAGGUAACCCAUUUCAGCUGCCAAUAGCCUAAAUUAAAAUAAAAAGGCAAACAAACAAAAAAACCCAUCAAUUUGCUACUUUAAAAAAAUCAUAUAUACAUUUUAAUAACUGCCUUAAAUAAAGACUCAGUAAAACCCAGUUGUAACAUACAGUUAUUAUUAAUUAUGCUGUUACCUUACUUAGGAGCUUUGUUACUAUAGAACUGUUGCUUUCCCAAAACACAGAAUAAUAUAUGCCAGGUACCAUAAUGGAAAUGUGUGGAUACUUGGCAUCAGACCUGAAGCAGCAAAGACAGGCUAGAUUUAAUAUUGUCCUUUUACAAAAUAUGCUUGACUGGAUUUUCUGUGUAGGAAAGGGUACUGUUUCUUCAGAGACUGUGAUUAGAGAAAUUGGGAAUGAGUAUCAAAAAGAUUGAAAGCAUCAUCCUGAUAAGAAGUUUGUUCUCCCUUGAGGAAUCCUAGUUUCUUCAUUUUCAUCCAGCAAUAGCCUGAGGUGUGUUCAGGGCAGAGGU